UUGACAACGAACAUAUGUAUUCAGGUCGUUUACGGAGGCACGGGCUCACCCACGGGUGACGAACAUCGUAAUAUGUCAGAAAAAGUUCAAAACAUGGCGUCAGCAAUUUAUCGCGAAUUCGAACUUAUGAUUCAAAAAUAUGGCGAAGAUGGAGUCAAGACCUUGAUGCCGUUGGUUGUAAAUGUGCUGGAAGCACUAGAUCUUGCAUUUCUGGAGCGAGAGGAGGCAGCAGUUGAUCAAGAAAUGUUGAAAGAGGAUAACGAGCAGCUCGUCACUCAAUACGAGCGAGAAAAACAAUUGCGAAAGCAAGCUGAACAGAAAUACAUGGAGAUUGAAGACAACCUCAUUGGUCAAAACAAGGAGUUGGAAGCGAAAAUUGAAUCGCUCGAAUCAAUCAUGAGAAUGCUUGAACUGAAAGCAAAGAAUGCCUCUGAUCAUGCGUCACGACUCGAGGAACGGGAAGCUGAUCAGAAAGCCGAGUUUGAUCGUUUGCAUGAGAGAUACAAUGCAUUGUUACGCACUCAUGUCGAUCACAUGGAGCGGACCAAAUAUCUUAUGGGAAAUGAUAAAUUCGAGCUGAUGCAGAACAUGCCACUUCCACAAGCGCAACUUCGUACGAGAAUGGGUAUGGCAGCUUCCGUUGAUGCGUCGAGUAUUCGUGGUGUAUCUGAUUUGAUCAGUGCCCAUAUGUCCCAGAGUACAACGAUGGACGUGAACCUGGCAAACCAUAUCAGCAACGAAGAUUGGCAAGAUGAAUUCUCUUCUGAUGUUGAACCUUCACCGCGAGACAUGACAUCAGAAGAGGAAAAAGCAGCUCCAAGCACGGCUUCAGAAAACACACCCAAAAAUGCCAAAGGAAGCGAACGGGACGAAGAGGAGUCUGAGGAACAGCGCGAUGGUGAGGACUCGCUUGGAGCUGAUCUUACUGGAAUGGGUCGAGAAGUUGAAAACCUAAUCAAGGAGAACAUGGAGCUGCUUGAUAUGAAAAAUGCCCUCAAUAUUGUCAAAAAUGAUCUUAUUGCAAGAGUAGAUGAAUUGAGCAGCGAAAAUGCGAUUCUCCGUGACGAGGUGCAUAGCUUCGAAAUGGUGCGAGUGAAAAUGAGCGAUAACAUUACGAAACUUGAAGAAGAACUCAAAUCUGUGAAGCAAAAAUUAGCCGAAAAGGAAGCCGAGGAAGAGGAGGAGGUUCCGCUAGCGCAGAGGAAAAGAUUCACACGCAUGGAAAUGCAGCGAGUCCUCAUUGAUAGAAAUAUGUAUAAGGAAAGACUUAUGGAAUUGGAAGAGUCCCUCAAAUGGACCGAGAUGCAGAGGGCAAGGAAACUUCAGGCGCAAGCACCUCCUCCAAAGAAAGGCGGAAUCUGGGAUUUCUUCUCUGGUCUGUUCGGAGACUUAUCGCCACCAACUCAGCCUCGCCGAUCCGGUUUGCGUGCUGACGCACGUGGGAAAAGUCAAAUGACUCGAAGUGUGGAAUACCUCGACCCAGAAAUGAUAUCAGAGCGUCGAGCUGCUGAACGAAGAGAACAGUACAAACUCGUACGUGAGCACGUUAAACGGGAUGACAGUGGUCGCAUUGAGGCAUACGGUUGGUCUUUGCCAGCUGUAUUGGAUAAAUCAAAUGCCUCAACCAUGGUACCUGUUCCAGUUUGUUGUCGUCCGCUCAUGGAAAAUCAGCCAUCUAUAAAGGUCUGGUGUGCUACUUCUGUGAUGCUUCGUGGAGGUCUCGACAAAGAUGGGAAAUUCAUAACGGGAAAUCCAGUCUACUUAUCUCCUAGCGCAGCAAAGGUUCCAAAAGGAGCAAACAGCGACGACCAGCUCGAAAAUGAAAUUUCGCACGCUCGGGCGCUGGACGCCAGAGAAAGUGAGCUGACUGAAUGGCAAACGUCGUCCAUUAUCUGGGUAGGCAGCUCUAAUCAAGGCAAAAGCCAUGUGGCAGUGCUUGAUGCCAAUAAUCCAAACAAUGUCAUUGAAACUUUCCGAGCAUGCGAAAGUCACUUGCUCUGCAUACGUGGUGUACCAGGUGUUUCCGAAGGUGAUCCUUCUAUAGAUGAUGCGGGUGCUAAGGCAUUUUUAUGUGGUGGAGGAAAGGUCAAAGAUGUCCCAGAUGGUAUCGAAUUUUCCGAUUUGGGAGCUUGUGAAUGGGUAGAAUUACGGAAGAUGGAAGAUUGCGAAGACGGAGUUCCAACAUACUGCAGCAACGAUAUGCGGCCAAGUCCGAAGCGAACUCGAGACUUGAAACCAGUACCGAUGGAUAAAGUAGAAGAGGUGUCGGAAGACCAGAAUGAUGUGGAACCACAACGGCCGUCUGGUAGUCGAGUGGGAAGGGCCGCGCUGCCGUCGCAUGUUCGUGAAGCCAUGAAUAAAUACGACGAAAGUGUCACUGAUAUUCCUACAGGAUGGCCCACCGUAUGGAUGGGCAGUCAGAAUCAGUACAUAUACAUUCACUCAGCAGUGGUUUCUUGGAAACGAUGUCUGCGACGGAUAAAGAUGCCAGAUGCGGUGCUGUCUAUUAUACACUACAAAGGACGCGUUUUUGCUGCACUAGCAAAUGGAACCCUUGCGGUGUUUCACAGAUCAAAAGGUGGUGAAUGGGCGGAUUUCGGGUAUCACACUAUUCGUGUUGGCCCUGCUACUUCUUCUGUCCGGUGUCUUUGUAUCGUGGCCAGCAAUAUUUGGGCAGCUUACAAAAAUUGUAUUGUGGUUGUGGAUGGAGAAAGCCUGCAGAUUGUCAAGGUGUUCGCGGCGCACCCACGCCGAGACAGUCAGGUGCGUGCAGUUCAAUGGGUAGGCGCAGGUGUCUGGAUUUCGAUACGACUCGACUCUACCUUGCGCAUGUAUCAUGCUCAUACAUUUGAACACCUUCAAGAUGUUGAUAUUGAACCAUAUGUAACCAAAAUGCUUGGCACUUCACGGUUGGACUUUUCAUACAUGAGGACUACUGCUCUCCAUAUCUCGAAUCGACGUCUCUGGAUAGGUACUGGUACAGGAGUCGUCAUCUCAGUUCCGCUAAGUGGCAGUUUGGAGCAGAAGGUAGAAACGAAUGAUGGGAAAAAGUCGUCCAAUGGACCGGGCGGGCUUGUUCGAGUGUAUUCGAGCAACAAGGAUUCGAAGGACGUAACUUUCAUUCCAUAUUGUAAUUUAACACAAGCCCAGCUUUCUUUCCACGGUCACAAAGAUAGCGUGAAGUUCUUCCUUGCGGUGCCAGGCGCCCCACGGGAAGUAGAGGACGAUCAGGAGGCGGAACUACGUAAAAUGCUUGUAAUUUCAGGUGGUGAUGGCUAUAUCGACUUCCGGUUAGGAGAAGAAAACGAGCCACCAAUAACCACCAAAGGGGUUCGAGCACGGGACAUGUCUCAUAUUAUCAUUUGGGAAGUCGAUGCCGAAUUGCCGGUGAUUUCUAGUUGA